GCGGCUGCUGUUUGAUUUAUUCUAUAGCUAGCUCCUCGCCCUGAGUGUAAGCUCCACGAGAGCUGGGGCUGUCCUCUGUUCAUUCCAUCCCCAGCCCCUACAGCAGUCCCGGGUUGUUCGCAGGCCGUAUAUAGCAGGUGAUAAUAAUCUGAAUGAUGAAAGAAGAUACACCGUCUUGCGGCGUGAUUUACUUCUGUUUUUACUUAUGUCUACCUUCAGCUAGAUUGUGAGGGCAGAGGUCAGUGUCUGAGUCAUGUUGAGCCUCACUGGGCUUGAGCAGAACAGACGCCUGGUCAAGCAUUUGCACACUGGUCGAUGGAUACACUAGAAACAGCAGGAGCGCGAGAGGGGAUUCUUUUGGCGCCUACCUCGCCCUUUCAGGCCAAGCCCCCGCCCUCAUCCCUUGCCCGCCGCCGCCGGUCGGCCGUCGCCCGCUCCCGGGCGCUGGCGAUCCCGCUCCCUGGUAACAGCCGUCCUGCCAGGCCGGCCGGCCGGGAGCGGGCGGGGGGCGGGACUUCCGGUUCCGCUCGCGACGAGGACCGCGCCAGGCGGAAGCCCGGCUCUGGGCCAGGAUCCGAGAGUCCGGACUGGAGUGGUUGCCAGUUGGUUUCUUGCAAGACAUUUUCUGCUUUCAGCAUUUGUAUUUCAGAUGGUGGAAUUCUGGAAACAUCCUGUGUUGAAGAGAAAAAUUCCACUCAGAAUUUAAAAUUGGCUUUGGAGAAUUAUAAAAAGGGAUUUUAAUUAACAGAGAUUUCUGAGAGAGCAGACACCAUCUUAUUUCUUUUGAAUUAUAUUUAGUAACUCAAAAGGCAUAUACCAAGCUGUCAGAGCAGCUUCAUUUAAAAGGGAUUAUACUACCUGCCUAUGACAGAGACUGCCAAAUACACUCCAGUAGCCAUUCUGCUUUUCUUCUUUUCAGAAAUAAAAUUUCUAGUCCUGUCUGAAGUUUAAGCUAGCCUGUGACUACCCAAGUGCAACUGUAUUUCCCAGGUAGAUGCUGGUAGAUUGGGCCCAGUAAGUUUGGGCCAUUGAGAUGUGAAAGGAAGAGAUGUGGGCAACUUUUUGGGUCAUCUUCUUAAAGAAAAAGCCAUUUGUCCUGGAUGUCCUCUUUUCUUUCUUUGGCUGGGAAAUGACAAGAAUUAAAGCAGCGGCCUUGGAGCCAGAGACUGACGCCAAAUGAUGAAGACAGCAGAACUGACCGGCUUGUCUGGGUUCCCUGGAGCAGAGCUGUCUCCCCCUACCCUAGGUUAUCUACUUACUCUUGCACUGUUUUGUGAGAGAGAAAUAAAUUUCUAUCUUAUUUAAGCCCUUGGUUUUUUUUGUAUUUAUUUGUUACAGCUGAUUAGUCUACCUAGUGGCCUAAACAAAACACUACCUUAAAGAGUUGUGAAUACUAGAGAUUAUAAAUUGCCCAGUUUAACAGGUGGCACAUUAAAUAUCACUCUAGCAGUGUUAUCUACCAUUUGUUAAAUGUUCACUUUCCAUCAUUGUGGGUGGGGUGCAAUGCCAAAUGUAAUGAUCAUCAAAAUAGUCUCUAUUAUAAGCAUUUACAUAUUUGUUUCCUAAAAUUCCAUCAUCUCAGCUGUUCUUACCAGGCUUUAAUAGACCCCAUGUGUUGAGGUUCCCUUAAUUUCCUUUUUGCUUCCUUUGUUUCUUUUUAUUCCUUUGUGAUACAAGAAAGCAUGGCAGCAUCACCUCAUUUUAUAGGAAUGGGGAGAUCAGGUUGAAGGUUAAGUGGCUUGUGUAAGGAGUGAAAGAAACAAGGCUUUCAAGUGUAGCUUAGAAAAUGGGAGUUUGGUAUUUUUAUGGGAAAAAAAAGUCUAAUUGACAGACUUUCUGAAUUAAACUUUUUAUGCUUGAUUGUUCACUUAAGUAUUAAAUCUUUCAAGUAUUAUCUAUAUCAGUACUGACUAAUCUGCCUUUAGUUAUAUAAUAGCUGAUCCAGCCUUUCCUUUUAAGAAAAUCCUUGAUGUAUUAGACCAUUAGAACAAAUUCUAACAUUUGGUGUUCAUUAGUGUUGUAACCGAAACAAAAACAUUUUAAUGGUUAAUCCCUGAGUAUUUUGAAGUUAGUGUAAUUUUGCUGGAAAGGUAUUUAAGCUUUAGUAUCAAUUACAAAUAGGCCACGAUCCAAUUUUCAAAGCUGUUUCUAAGUGAGACACUGAGUUUUUCUGAAUGCAAAAAAUGCAUUAUGCAGCAUUGUGCCAUGUGACAAGGAAACAGAAUGGAACAAUUACAAUGAGAUUUGUAUUGAUAAUUGCACUUCUGUGUGAAUAGUAUAAGAUACUGUGACGCAAAGUGAGGUUUGGAGUAACUCCCCAGCGUCUUCAACAAUUGCUUCAAUUUAGUUGUAGACCAUAAAGAGGUAUUUUCGAUAUAAAAAAGGAUAGAAAUUGCUGGGUAACAAUUAAAACUUCAAAUUCAACAGUUAGGGUUUAGCCAAUUGACUUUAAUAAAAUGGAAUGCUUUAACUUUUUGACUCUAAAUUUCAGGAAAAUUGCUAAUUGUCUUUUAUUAAGGUAAAAUGACUUUUUGUUAUGUAGUGUUAAAAAGGUCAAAUCUCCUCUUAACGUACUAGGUUGGUGCAAACGUAAUUGUGUUUUUUGCCAUUGCUAGUUUUUGGCAGUGCUAAAGAGUUUAGCAAAAAUGAUUUUUCUUCUAAAGAAUAUUCAAAUUAAUUUACUUUGCUCUUGGUAAAUGCUGAAGAAAGGAACAGUGAAGUAUUGUAAGUGCAUUCAAAAUGGAUUCUUCAGUUCGUUUGUCACCCUAAAGCAAAAAAAGAAGUGGAAGACAAUAAUUAGAUGGAUAGUAAAUAUAAUCUAAUGAUUUAUAUGUUGUUUUGACAUUUAACCAUAGAUACUAUUGCUUUAAAGGACUCUUUAAAAAAAAUCUUAGCAUAUUUUUUAUUCAGAGUUGUUUUGACUUAGGUACUUUUUCCAUAUAAGAGACAAAAAUUUCACAAAUAUUAGAUCUAUUUCAACAAGUGCUUUGGAAACACUAUGUAGAUUUGCAAUGCAGUUUACAUUAGCACAAUAAAUAUUUCUUAAUCCUGUGCUUUAUGAGUUUCUGGAUAUUUAAACAAUAUGUUUAGGUCAUUUUGAAUUAUUUUUAUUAUGAUUGUGAACUAAUUUGUUUACGUGUAGUUAUUGUGUGUUUCGGCUCUAUCAGUACUUCAACAAGGCAGUUUAAUUAAUAUCACCGCUAUCACAAGAUAAUUUACUUUUUUCCCCCUCUAUGAUAACUUUUUGGGUAGAAAUUUGCUUUGGAGUUUAAUUUUUGGAAAUAUAUUAGUCACUUGACAUACUUUAAUAUUCAAAAUAAUUCACAGUGAAUCUGGAUUUUUUAGUGACUAGUUAAUGUCCUUGGCAGACAUUUUUGUUUUGAUGAAGUUCAUUUUAUCAGUUGUUAUUCUUGCAAGGCUUGUGCUUUUUGUAUGCUAAAAAAAUCUUUGCCCAGCUUAAGGUCUUGAAGGUUUCUUUCUAGAUUUUAUUCUGGAAAUUUGAUAGUUUUUAGCUUUUUCAUUUAUGUCUAUAAUCCAUUUUGAGUUAAUUUUUAUGUAUGUUGACUAUGGAUUUUAUCUGUGUUUUGAAAAUGUUUGUACAGAAAGACAACUUUAGUGACAGUGUGGAGGUUCCAAUGAAAAGAGUGAAAAGACAGGGAAUAUGAGUUGAUAAUGACUAGAAGUAGGAUAGCAGUUCUGCACAUCAAAAAAGCAGGGAAGAGGAGAGUUUUGAUGGCAUUUUAGAAACAGAAUGAAUUGGAUGGGGAGGGAGCAUGGAGGUAGAAGUAAAGAUGAGUCUAAGGCUUAUGGUUCCACCAGAACUGGAAUAUAGGACAAAGGGAAGUUUUAUCAUUCUCCAUUGUGAUGAGUGGAGUUCUGUUUUCAAACUCUUGAGUUUAUGUGAUAGCAGGACUUUCAGUCCUUGUCCACAUGUAUACAUGUUGAGGAAUAGCCAGAUUCUUAGUGAAAACAUCUUUUCUUUAAUUCACUAUAACUAAUUUUUUAUGUUAUUACAAAGUUCCCAUUGUGUUAAUUUUUGUAGCUUCUCAACAGUAUUUAUAGAGUAAAACUAUUAUAUCUACUAUGCAAAAUAAUGAUUAAAAAAAUAAUGCCACUAAAGUGGCUUCUGCUGUAUUUCCCUCCCCUGUUUCCAAUACAACUUGACCACUAAUAAGAAUAUUUUGUCAGUCUUUGUCUAGGUAUGCAGACAUCUCAUCUCAUUCUUUCCACAGAGGUAAAAUUGUAUUAUCCUUACUCAUUUUGAUGCUCAUGUUAUCCCAGGCAUGGUCAGUGGAAAUGACAUACAUUAAGCUAACUAUUGUGUCCUUUCGACAUGUCUUAUAGUUAUUUGAGAAUUUUCUUAAAUUCUGUUAUAAUAAGAUAUUCUAGGUGCAUCUUAUACUUUCCCUGGUCUAGCCCUGUACUCAGCCAUUUCACUCCAGGGUCCUGGUUAUUUUUAGUGGAAAAUGAUAUUUAGAAACAAAGAUGUGAAUACUAGAUGUGCUCAUUGCUAUGAAGACAUCAUUUCUUUUAGGUUUUGUCAGUGGACAGAGCUUAUAUUUACACAUAUAAAAAUGUGUAUGUGCAUAUGCACACAGGAAGGUAGAUAGUACACAUGUGAUUUUUUUAGAUCAAACCAUCUUUAUAAAUAACAAUAAGUUUACACCUAUACCUCCAAUUCCAAUUCCAAUCCAGUCCAAUAGAUUAUUUCUUUUCUGUUCUUUUCCCUUUCCAUGUUUGCAACUCCCUCUUCUUGCAGUGGAAACCUGGCUUCUAUUAAGUCAAUAUAUUUACUUAUUUGCUCCAUUAUUUGUAUGUAAUGAAUCUCCUGGCUGCACCUGGCCCCAAAUUCUUGCUCCAAGACACACCAGCUCCCAUCCCCAAAAGCCUUGUGCAACCCAGGCAGAAGGGAAACAGAUGAAAGGGAAGGGAGAAGGGGGAAGUUUUUCCCAAGAAUUUUUUUUUUUUUAAAUUAGCCCUAUGGUUAAAAAAAUAGAAGAAAGGAAAGAGCUAUGUAGAAUUUUAAACUUGUGAAUAGUCAGUUUUGUCCAUCUUUCCCUUUUUUAAUGGUUUCUGACUUUUUUGUCACAAAGGUUAUGAAAAUAUAGCUUCUUAGUACUUUUUAUGGCUUUUGUUAUUUUUUUCUUUUUUUUUCCCCUGGUUUCUGUGAACCUAUUUUUUUUUUUUUUUACAUUUUAAUUUUAGUACACCUGAGAUUUAUUUGGAGAGUAUUUUAGGAUCUAAUUAUAUUUUAUUUUUCUGAAUGGAUAACUAGUUAUUUCAACAUUAUUUUGACUAAUUUAUCCUUUCUCCACUGAUUUGAAAUACCAUCUCCAUUGUAUCCUGUUCUCCAUUGUUCUGUUACUAUACUCUUCUGUUCCACUUAUCUGUUUGUUUUUUAAAUUGCAUGCCUGAUAGUGGGAUAGUGUAGUAUUUAUUGCCUAGAGUGGUUGUGAGCAUUAAAUGAGAAUGUACAUAAAAUAGUGUGGUACCAGUCAUGUAGUAUAAAAUGGUCAACAUGCAUUUGCGACUAUUAGCAUCUCAGGGUAAAAAGAAUCAACUACAAACAAUAGGAAAGUAAAUUACAAAAAAGUAAAAAUUAUAGUAAGUAGUGGCUUUUUAAAAAAACAAAAACGUGUAGGAUAUUUAAUUUUUAUACUCUGCGUAUGGAGUGGCAAAAGUUUAUAGGCUUUAUAUACAGAUAAAUUAUGUUUUAAAAUAUGUCCAAUAUUAGAUAAAGUUGUUUAGACUUACAGAUGCUCUAGACUGCAAGCUCUUUGAGGGCAGAGACUGUGUCUUAUUUCAUUUAACAAAUACUUACUUAGCACCUCACUGUGCCAGGGUUUGGGCAUAGAAUAGGAUAUAAUAUCUACUGUGAGCAGCUCACAGACUGUUUGGGGAAACACACAUAUAAACAAAUAAAUAUAAAUAACAUGCAAAGGGCUAAUAUAUGUAUACCAGUGUACUUAGUUGUCUUCCAUUAAUGUGGAAAUAUUUAUAUCAGAGCUCUACACAUUCACUAAGGCAUUUUUCUAAAUAGAGGGUUGGGAUGAGAAUACUUAAAUAGUGUUUUUAUGCUGACUUCCCAUGAACUAUGUCCCAAAGUGCUUGUUGGUACCUCACCAAAUCCUUAUAUAAUACUAACCAUGAAGAAGGCAAAAAAUCACAUUUUUGGAAUGCAUCUUUUUGUAUAUUUUCUGCUUUUAAUAUGUAUUCCAUCUGUAGUCCUCAAUAGUGAAUGUGUUUAUAUUGCAUAUUAAUAAAAUGAUGGUCAUUUCAGCACUAGUAUUCUAGUGUUAUUUUCUCUGAAUGUUUCUUUCAGUUCUUUGACUGCCAUCAGGUAAUGAAUUUGUAUUUUUAUAAGAUCAAAUUAGUGCAUUUUUAAUCCAAGCAUCUGUUCUCUAUUUGUUCCACACCUGUGACAAGAUUAUUUCAACCAUUCACUUAUAAAAGAGAAACACAUUGUCAAGGGGCAACCCCCCUUUGAAGCAUACAUUAUAUUUUUUGCACAAGUAACCAUGUGAAAAAUACCAAUUACUGAAAAUCUGAGAAGAACGAAGUUACUUCUAAACCUAGUAUUCGUACAAAAAA